AUGCUGGAAAAGGUAUCAAAUUAUUAUUUAUUAAUUUUAGCAAUAUUUUUUAAUAUUAUCAAUUUUAUUAAUUAUUAUAUUAUAUAUAGGAUUCAAUGAUUAAGCAUUAAACAACAUAAAUAAAUUAUUAACUAUUAGAUAAAUUGAUUAUUUAGAAUUUUAUGCACAAGGUAAAAACUAUUUUUAAUUUUAGGAUUGUAUUUAAGAUUUAUAGAGCAGUUAUUUUAGCAAACAAUGGAGUAUUUUGAUAAAGCAUUGAGUAUCAAUUCAUAACAUAUAAAUUCUUUAUUUUGAAAAUGUAUACUUUUACAGUUAUUUUAGCUUGUUGCUUAUUUACAUGUGGUUAAUAUUAAAUAGCCUAUUCUAUGUUAAAAAAUGCUAAUAAGAUAAGGCCAAAUAACAAAAUAAUUGAAUAGAUGUUAGGUACUAUAAUCAAUUAAAGUAGAAUAAUGUUCCAAUUUCCUAUGA